AUGAUAGACGGCGCUGAGGCGAGGCUGUAUCUUCCCCACUACAAAGGGCAUAAGAGCAUCAUAGAGGCGGCGCCGCAGAAGGGAUUCACGGUAUGCUGGAGGGACACCGCGCAGAGGAGCAGGCCUAUCACUUGUCACGUCACGCUCGAUAAGAAGCGGCUGUCCGAGGAUCUGAGUACACAAUGCUCAGCGGUUCAGCGAGCAGGCGCAGCGACGGUUGCUCCUCAAAUGCCUCAUCCAUUCAUAUUCGAAAGCGAGAACCUUGGAGAAUACCAAGGAGGUAUCAUCGAGCUCGUCGUUGAGUGCUUGGAGAUACGCCCCGACCCCAUCAAGUUCGAUUUCCGUUAUCGUUCACGAUCCCAUCUUCUCGAGGAACUUGGGUUGGAUGAGGAGUAUCUAUCAGCACCCCUUGUUCAACCACAGGAAGUGCCGCCAUCGGUGACCGCAGCUAGCCAAACGAACGGGAAGAAGCGCGCCGCCGACCUUGAAUACGUUCCGAGCGUUCCACUCGCGGUGACAGCAGGUCAGCUGUCCAUCGGACCUGCGCCCAAGCGUCCCAAGACUCUGCGCCAACAAGUGUUGAAUGUCAGUUUGACCUUUGAGGAUCGCGCCCUCCUCAGGCUUACUGCGUCGAUACCCAACCCCCCGCCUUUUGUGCCAUCAAGUUCUCAUCAUGUUGUCGCAGCGACGAAUAGCAUGGUUUCAUCGCUCCCUAUGGGAUCUGCACGCCUCGAUCAGCACCUUCCGCUCCAGGGAAGCACCGCCAACUAUGCGACUUCGAUGGCGGCUGGCCAGCAGUUCAACACGUCCAGCACGAACCAUUCUCAGGGCUUAUUCGAGACCGCCGUGCCAUACGCCUAUGUGCAAGAGCUCGGCUACGAUCCCCUCCUCGGAUACGCACUCGAGUAUGGACGGCAAUAUCCGAACUCGCUGUACUACACGCCAUCAUCCAUCUCUGGCAUCGCUCGCAGCGACACAGCAACCACACAACAAGACACGGGCGACUACGCGCUGCUGAAUGGACAGCAGUCGCACCACCGCCCAAUGUACAAGUCGCGGGCCCCUGCGCCCGCCCCGUACGAACACCGUUCUGCUAAUCUGGCAACUCUUGGACCAGCGAACACGCACAGCGCGUCGACCGGCGCCUCUGGUUCGGGCUCGGUUGGCGUCAAUGGUCGUGACGUCACGACGAACUUUAGUGGGCGCCCACCAAUGCAGCGCAAGAUAGCCGCCCACGUCGGCCGCACUACUGCCCCCAUGGCCUCGCUGCCGCUCAACGACCAGCCCCCGCAGCCUGCGCACCCCGGCGCGGACAGCACCGACGAAUGGAUGAACGAGUACAUCGACUUCAAUGCGGGCGGCUCUGCACAUUAG